CCGCUGUCUCGUUUUAAGCCACAACCCCCCUGCCCCUGCUCUAAGACGGGCGUCAUCGAGUUCAGUUCACCGUCUUAUGAACUUGAUCUUUCGAUCUUCGAAUUCCGCGACUUGUUAUAUCCGUGUCACAAUCUGUUGCGAUUACAUUUGUCAACUUAUUCUUCUUCUUUGUUACUAUCAUACUAUAAUCAUACUCGAUACAUUCAUUUUUAUCCCCACUCUUUCACCGAAUCUAUAAUUGUCAGGUACUCGAGGUGGAUAGGUAGUAGGGCAAGGAUUCUUCGCAUUCGCUGUCUCAUGGGCAACCGAGGCGCUUCUUCAUCUAGCGACGAUCGCGGAUGAGCUGACAAAAAUCUGUCGCAAUGGGUGUGUUUGGUGACCUCUCGCCGGGAGGCACCAUCGCGAUUGGUAUCAUAGUCGGUCUAGUAUCCACGAGCGUCCAAUCCCUCGGUCUCACCCUUCAACGAAAAUCGCAUAUGCUCGAAGACGAAAAGUACCCCCUCGAAUUCCAGCGACCGGCAUAUCGAAGACGAAGAUGGCAGCUAGGCAUGGGUAUGUUCGUUAUAUCCAACAUAUUCGGCAGUACUAUACAAAUUUCGACUCUACCUUUACCCGUUCUAUCGACUUUACAAGCCGCCGGACUCGUAUUCAACUCUAUAUGCGCUACAUUAAUAUUAAAUGAACCUUUUACGCGAUGGUCCUUUUACGGGACCGCACUUGUCACGACCGGCGCAGCAUUGAUAGCUAUAUUUGGCGCAAUACCCUCUCCGGCACACAGUCUACCGGAGCUACUGGACCUGCUCGGUAGAUGGCCGUUCAUUCUCUGGAUGUCGUUCCAGGCUGUAAUUGUUAUCUCGAUGGCAUUGGUCAUCGAUCUAGUCAAUCAUUUCAGCAGCGUAUCGCAGAAUGCCAGGUUCCGGCUAGCCCGCGGCCUCGUAUUUGGAUGCAUCAGCGGUAUUCUAUCCGCUCAUUCCUUACUAUUCGCGAAGUCCGCCGUCGAGUUGGUUAUUAGGACUAUUGCUGAUGGCGAUAAUCAAUUUGGGCACUGGGAAUCAUGGAUGCUUGUGUUUGGGUUGGUCGCCCUGGCUCUAAGCCAGUUGUAUUAUCUUCACCGCGGAUUGAAGCUGGUAUCCACAUCCGUAUUAUACCCUCUUGUGUUUUGCAUUUACAACAUCAUCGCCAUUCUAGAUGGCUUGAUCUAUUUCCGCCAGACGGAUCUCAUCACGCACUUACAUGCUGGACUGAUUACCUUGGGCACGAUUAUAUUAUUAUCUGGCGUUCUAGCAUUGUCCUGGCGCCUCAACGACGAGCAACACCCGCCAGCUGUUGGGUCAUCCAGUCUUACGCCAGGAUUAGGACUUGUCGAAGACACAGAAGGGGAGGACUCAUCUCCUACCGAUACCGAAUCUGCUGGCGAAGCCGAGCCAGCGGUGCCGCCUACGUACAACACAUUUGCUCCGAACGGGGAGGCCACACCCCUCACGCCAGGCCGCAAGCCAUCAAGUCGCUGGCACGAACGCGCGCAGAUAUGGGACGAAUUAGAAGACCAAGAAACACCGAGACCAUCUAUGAGGAAUAGAUCGAGUACUUUACCUGAAAGCGCAAUUGGUGAGGACACUCCGUUAAUGCCAGGGCGAAGAAUCCUAUCUAGGGAAUCGACAGCCUCACUGGACGCUGCCGAAGCCGGUGGAUCCUCACCAAGGAAGAUGUUUAGACGACGAAGGAAGUCCACGGGAUUUCCGGGAUUUACAGCACGCAAAAACAUACGGCGGAAGAGUUCAUCCAAUGCUGGUGUUCAAGGUGCUCUGGGCGGAAUUUUGAAGCUUAGGUGGUGGCGUGGAAAACAGGAUAAUGACUCAGACGUGGCGGUAGCAAGCCCACCGGGCGGCGGGAGCGGGAGUAUAAGACGACUAUGGAGUCCAUCAAGAAGGCAACAUUAUGAAGACGAGCCGGAAGAUGAGGGCGAGAGAAGGCCAAGACCUGGGAGUCCUAGAGGUGAUGAUGCUGUUUAAUUAAAAGGGUUGAACUGCUAGACUUCAAUUGUGCAUAUACCUAGGUAAGAUAAGAUGGGAUGCAUAAGAGAUACAUGGGCUGGAUAGCUGGUGUUACUCGAAAUAAUAAGACUUAUUCAGCGGAUGCGAUGAAAGUUGAGGUUGUUGUGCUGUUUAUGUGCCAUUGCAACAUCUGUUGUUAUUCGUCUUUCUGGCAACUAUUACCUACCUGGUACC